AUGGGAUCGUCUCAGACCUUCACAGAAGAAUGGAAUUCUCUCUUCCCAAUUUCCUCAGUCUUCAAGCCUCCCCUCCUCCUUUCAAACCCUUCUCUAAAACCGAUCCUGGGUCCUCUGAUCUUCAACCCUAAACCCAACUCCACAACCCUCCUUUUCUCUUCUUCCUCUUCUCUCCUUCCCCCUCUCCCUCCUUUACCUCAUCUCUCUCUCCCUCGUUUUCUCCUCACUUCCCCCCCUGACUCUGCCCCUCUUCCCUCCUCCGUUCCCUCCGUAGCCUCCUUCUUGGGCCCCCACCACCCCAAAAACGACGUCUCCUCGUCUCUCCUCUACAACCGUCUUGAAUUCCUUCCGUGCCCGCAGAUUAACACCGUCGUUGUAUUCUUCCCCACUGGUGGAAACUCUGACCAAGUUGGGUUCUUGCAGUUGGUGUUAAAAGGUUCGACCUUUGAUGUCAAAGUGGAUGCAAACGGAGGGGUUUUCGCCUCCGGGCGGUGGUUUAGUUAUCGUAUUUCGAGGAUUUCGGUGAACCCGAUUCCUGGGUUUUCGAGUUUAAGAGAUAAUGGUUCUUGUGUGACAAUUGGGUAUUUAUUGGCUUCUACUAUGUACUCUGUGCAUUGGUUUAUUGUAAAGGUUGGAGAUUUUGGUCCAAAUUUAGAUAGUAGGGUUAGUUUAGUUCAUUUGGGUAGUAAGAUUUUCAAGACUUGCUGUGUUGUACAUGCUUGUUGGAGUCCACAUUUAUUGGAAGAGAGUGUGGUGUUGUUCGAGAAUGGUGAUUUAUUCUUGUUUGAUUUGGACUCUCGUCUAAAAACCCCCCACACUUUGAAUGCAAAUUUUAAAUUUAAUGGGACCAGAUUGAAAGUGCCCUGGGAUAUUGAUGAUGGUUCGGGUAGUUCACGAAAUUAUAGGUGGUUGAGUUGUGAGUUCAGUUGGCACCCUAGAGUUUUGAUAGUUGCACGUUCAGAUGCAGUUUUCUUAGUUGAGUUGAGGGCCCAUGAGUGUAAUGUUAGUUGUUUGAUGAAAAUUGAGAUGUUGCAUAUGUAUGCCUCCGUUGAAAAGGAGCAGUUCCUUGUGCUUUCAAAGGCAGGUUCUGACGAUUUUCACUUUGUUUUGGCUUCUGACACUUUGUUAGUUGUUUGUGAUGUGCGCAAGCCAUUGAUGCCGGUGUUGCAAUGGGCUCAUGGCCUUGAUAAACCAAGCUAUGUUGAUGUUUUAAGACUGUCAGAGUUGAGGUCACAGUCGAGGGAUGACAAAUUUAAUUGGGCUUCUGACUCGGGUUUUUGCAUUAUAGUGGGGUCGUUUUGGAAUUGUGACUCUAGCCAUGAGUGCCAUUGUGGAAGCUGUCUUGUAAAAGAAGAGUUUUCAAAAGACGCUCUCCCUGAAUGGAUUGAUUGGCAGCAGAAGAAAGAAAUUGUUUUGGGCUUCGGCAUUGUAAACAAAGAUCUGUCUGCUCUGCUUUCUGAGCCAGAUGAAUUUGGUGGUUUUACAUUGAUAAGGCUUAUGUCCUCAGGGAAGCUUGAAUUACAGAGAUAUUGUGCAUCAUUUGAUUCUAUAAAAAAAGUAGAAGAAUCACAUGGAGAACAUUUGCUUUUUAAGGAUUAUUUGCUGUACUCCCUAGUUGAUGAGGAAUACAAAUUUCCUAGGAGAUUUAAAUACCUUAAACUUGACUACCUCUGUGGUUAUCUGAAUGGUAAUCUUGAUGAAGUCUUAGAUGACAAAAUAAAAAUUCCCUAUAAUGAUCAAGGGAAGGAACUUUUUAGCUCAGAGUUUCAUGAAACUUUAUGCAAAAAGUUACAUGCUUGUGGUUUUGGUAAGUUUAGAUCAUCUCCUGCAGUUACAAGUGUUUUAAAUGACAUUAACUUGCCUGCAAGCAUACACGAGGUUGUUUUGAAGAGAUUGUGGUCAGACUUGCCCAUUGAGCUUCUGGAACUGGCCUUUUCUAACAACUCUGAAAUCCUUGAAGUGCUUGUGGACAAAAAUAGGGUGGCUUUGGAAUUCUCUGCAGUACCAGACCUAUCUCAGUUGCCUCCUUUCAUUUUAAGGAAAUUUUCAUGCCGCAGCAAUAAGUGGUCACAGAAACUGCAACCUGGUGAUGCCCUUGUGGGUCCAGUUCUUCCUCUUCCUGUUUUGCUUGCACUUCAUGAAUAUCGCAAUGGAUGUCCGAAUUCAGAUGAAAAAUCAGGUAGAUUUUCAGUAGAGGCAGAAAUUAAUCGCAGCUGUGAUGAGGUCAUGCAGGUCACCGGUGAACUGGCUGUUUCUAUUUCUGAGGCUGCGAUUGUCGAUAAUCCAGUGACGUCCCUUGCUAAUGAUGGAGACGAGACAUGGAGAAGCUCUCAAAAGUCAAAACCUUUCUUUUCAUAUCAGCCAGUUGCGGCUAAAGGAUCUCCACUGGAUCAUACACAGGGCAAAUCUGUUUAUAAGGAUGACAGGUUUGACACCUUAAUUUCUAAAGUGUCUGAUAAGAAGCAUGUAUCCAACGACAAUCAGGAUAAUGUCGGACUAGAACUAUUUGAUGAUCUUUGCCCUGUAGAGUUGAGAUUUGAUGCUUGUUCCUUGAAGUUUGAACAGAAGGAAUUGGAGGCGUAUUGUAAAUUGAAGGGGGAAUUCUUAAAAUGGCAAAAGAGCUUUGACUUGUAUCAAGAAUUCUGCUCUCGGAUUGAAUCAAAAAGCUCAUAA